AUGGAUAAUUCAACAGAAAAAACUCCAUCAUCAACAUCAUCUAUUGAUGAACGAGAUUUAGUUUUAUCAAUGCGUAAACUUGAUUUAAUUAAAGAAUUAGGAGAAAAACAAAAUCAAUUACAACGUAUUCAAACAAAUCUUAAUCAAAAUACAGAUUUAGUUACACGUGAAAAUCAAGUUUUACGUGAAUUUCGUAAAGAACUUGAUAUGCUUGUACAAGAACGUAUGUCACAUAUUGAAGAAUUACGAUUAAUUCAUGCAGAUAUUAAUAUUAUGGAAACAACAAUAAAACAAGCUGAAGAAGAACGAAUAAAAAUCUUACAAGAAAGUAAACGUCUUCUAAAAGAUUAUCAACCAAUGAAAGAACAAAUUAAUAAAUUACGUGAAAUGCUUAAUCUUGAAAAAAUUCCUGAUAAUGAAGAUGAUGAAGCUGCUUUACUAACAAUGCAACUUAUUUCUCAACAACCAACUGAUCAUGAUCUGAUAACAUCAAAUAGAAAUUCAAAUUUAUCUACAACAACAUCGGAUAAUACUCAUGAACAACAUCAUUCAUUAAUUUUACCAUUAUUUCAUUCAUCACAACAAACAAAUAAUUCUGGUCCAAUCUCAACUGGAACAUCAAAUAAUAAUCAAUCUCAAGCAUCAGGAAUAAAUGUAUCAAAAGUACUUGGUGGUAUAGGAUCUAAUAUUGAUCGAUCAGCAUUUAGACAACAACCACCACCAAUGAAGACUUGUCAAUCAUGUCAACAACAAAUUCAUCGUAAUGCACCUAUCUGUCCUAUAUGUAAAGCUAAAAGUCGUUCACGAAAUCCAAAGAAACCUAAACGUCGUCAUAUAGAUAUAAAUCCUCAAUAA